AUGAAUGUAACGGUUGAAUACAGGUCAGAAGUUAGAGAGGGCCAAACUGUGGACCUGACUUGCUCCAGCGAUGCUAACCCUCCUGCUAGCAGCUACGAGUGGCRGAAUGAAACCGGUGCACGGCUUUACCAGGGAAACCUCUACAUCCUGCCGAAAGUUAGCAGACAUUUAGGARCGCUGUACUGCACUGCCAUCAACGAAGAGGGUCGAGACACUUCAGSCCCCGUACGCCUCAACGUGUUGUACGCUCCUGAGAUUAGCCACAAGUCUUCGUGCUUCUCGGAGGCCGACUGGGUGAAGUGCAAGUGUGUCGUGGACUCCAAUCCUCCCAGCGCAGUCAGUUUUAAGCUCGGUGACAAAAUUCUGCCGGGCCCCGCAAAAAUUGAGAAUGGUUCUUAUACCAUCACGGGUCAGUGGGCAGAGUUUGAGUCCUUCGAGUUUGUGUACUGUUGGGCAAAGAACACGCAGGGCAGUGCCACACUCUCACUGCCUUUACAGGCCGAGGACAUGAGUUUAAUUAUCUUCAUUGCCGCUGGAGCAGGAGGGUUCUUGGUGCUACUUUUAAUAGCAGUUGGAGUUUUUCUAAAAUGGGGGAGGUCUAGAAACACAGCAGAGUCUGAUUUGAGCACCAUAAUGACAGAACGAGCUCAGAGCUCAACAACCACAUGCGUAGAGAAAUACAGUGAUGUCACAUGUUCUGGAACUGAUGCUGAUGCUGAUCAUUUUUAUGGCAACGUUGGGACUGACUUGGAUGAUCAAAUUUAUGCAAAUGUCUGAAAGUAUCACUGGUUUGUGUGGGGAUGAAAAGGAAAGAAAAUUACACAUUUUCUGUAAAUAAAAUCUAAAUAUCAUUUAACUUUUAAAUGAAUUUACCCUUUAAAUGCUGUUCAAGACUGCUCCAUUUACAACCUUUGCUUGCCUUUUAUCUACAUAUAUGACCAGGAAACUGAUGAAAUACCUGUAAAUGUGUUUGUUAACAUUUUUUUUGUAUCCUGUACGGGUUUUCCACUUACAACACAAAUUAUUCUACCCUUUGAGUUUCCUCUUUUUUGGGGAAUGGUUGCAAUAUCAGCUCAGCAAAUUAGGAAAUAAAGUUUUUACUUAGAAAAUAAAACUCUGUGAUGAAAACAUGUAACGCCAAAGAGGCUGAUUUAAGUGUAAUAUGUUAUUAUAUAAAAUAUGGAGAUUAUUUUUUA